AUGUCCUCUUCCGAUGGCUCUCGCCGGGUUGCGGCACUGGAAAGCUGGAUCCGGUCACAUGGCGGAAGCAUCUGCGAAGCUGCUUCGGUGCUGGACUCUGAUGGCUACCGGGGGGUCUUUGCGCGCGAGGCCCUGUGGCCGGACAUCGACUUCUGCCGCAUACCUCAGAAGCUGCUGAUCACCGAGAGGCUGGCCGAGGGUUCCUUGACUUUCGGACAAGCGCUGCGGCAGAGCGCUGAGGAGUUGAUGCCAUCUGCGGCUGGUCUGCUCCUCCUCACAGCCUUGCUGUUGAGGGACUCUGCUGCGGAGUCUGCACGGGCCGCGCCGGGUGUUGGUGGUGAGAGUUUCUUCGCGCCCUACUACCAAGCCUUGCCAACGGAGGUGCGGCAGAUGCCAUCAUGCUGGCCGGCCGACCACUGGCUUCAUGCUGCAAUCCGGGGGAGCCAUCUCGAAAGACUGGUCAAAGCCAAGCGCCACAGCUUGGGUUUGGAGUUCUCGCUCCUCCAGAGCCCUG